AUGGGACUUGAUCUCUACUAUCUCAUGUUGUUAACACUUUCAUGGGGAUCAUUGGUCUCAACGGAAGCUGAAGCCGAAGGGAUCAAAUCAGCUCGCCUUCUCGAUCUUCUCAUUAGGGACUACACGGUGAAAUCCCUUGACAGGGACCUGAGAACUGGUAUUGUACACACUGUAAAUUUACCGGAAAACUUCUCCAGCAUCGGUGUCAAUACGGUAAGGUUCAGAUGUGGGAGUCUCCACAGAUAUGGUGCACAGGUUAAGGAAUUUCAUCUUAGAAGUGGUGUGAUUGUUCAGCCUUGUGCGGAGAGAGUGAUGGUAGUUAGACAAAACUUGGGUUAUAAUUGGUCAUCCAUAUAUUAUGCUAACUACGAUCUAUCAGGUUACCAGCUGGUGUCACCAAUAUUAGGCCUCCUCGCUUAUAAUGCCAACAGUGAUCUGAGUUUUGGUAGCCCUUUCGAGCUUGGGAUUCUUGCCAUUGACAAACCUAUUAAAAUCGAUUUCAGCAACGUUACAAAGGCAUCCAACAUCACAGGAUUCUUGCCAUUGUGUGCUAGUUUUGAAGGAAAUGGAAAAGUAACAUUGAAGAACCAAGUAUCACCCAACGUUUGUGUGGCAAGCAGGCAUGGCCAUUUUGGUUUGGUGGUGAAGUCGCCUCAGUCAUCGUCGUCGGCGCCGGCGGCUGUGAGGAAGAAGAUUAGCAAAUGGAAACUGGUGGUGGGAUGCUCUGUGGGAGCUGCUUUGGGGGCUUUCCUUCUGGGGCUGCUUUUAGUGGCGAUGUUUGUUAAAGUGAAGAAAAAAGCAAGAAUGGAGGAGUUGACGAGGAGAGCAUAUGAAGAGGAGGCUCUUCAGGUUUCCAUGGUUGGACAUAUAAGGGCUCGAACAUUGCCUGCAACUUAA